CUCCGUGCGGCCAGUAGUGUCGCACCCCGCCUCCACACCUUGUGCCCAUGACCUGGUGUCCAUGGGUCUGUGUUCCAGCUCUCUGUCCAUACUCUGACACCACUGUGACACACCACAACACAACUUUGCUCGUCUGCCUCCCCUCCUGGCUUUGUGUAUAUAAACCUUUAAAACUGAAUUAUGAACUAAGUGAAAACGACAAACUACCUACCAGUUAGCUACUUAUAACCAGUGUGCACCACUCACUCACCACUCCGACCCACAGUCAAUCCAUGCAGUGACCAAGCUAGGAUAACUCCAGUUCACCAGGACAACAAUCGUCACGUCACGGCGUCACGGCCAGCCCUGCUGGUGACAAGAGGAAGAGAUGACGUCAUCACCGUACAUAAGCCCGCUGCCCAGUCCUCGCUCACCCAACAGUCCUGUCAGCCCGGGGCGAUGUGUCAAGGUCAAGAAAAAUCCAUUCAGUAAUCCAGACAUGCCAGGAUAUGUUGGAUUUGCGAAUCUUCCAAACCAGAUCCACCGUAAAUCUGUAAAGAGAGGUUUUGAGUUUACUUUGAUGGUAGUAGGUGAGAGUGGCUUAGGUAAAUCCACACUUAUCAACACCCUCUUCCUCACUGACCUCUACCCUGACAGAGUGUUGGCCUCUGCUCAAGAGAAUAUUGAGAAAACAGUGAAGAUCGAUGUAUCGACAGUUGAGAUUGAAGAACGGGGUGUGAAAGUCAGAUUGACAGUAGUUGACACUCCAGGUUAUGGCGAUGCCAUUGAUAAUACAGACUGUUUUCAGUCGAUCAUCCAGUAUAUCAACGAUCAGUUUGAACGAUAUCUCCAAGAUGAGUCUGGUUUAAAUCGUCGCCAUAUUGUUGAUAACCGGGUCCACUGUUGCUUCUACUUCAUCAACCCUGCUGGCCAUGGAUUGAAGCCACUAGACAUUCAGUUUAUGAAGCAGCUACACAACAAGGUGAAUAUCGUUCCUGUCCUCGCCAAGGCUGAUACUCUCACAAAGCAGGAAGUGUCCAAGCUCAAACGAAAGGUUCUGGAUGAAAUUGAGGAGAAUGGGAUCCACAUUUACCCACUGCCAGACUGUGACACAGAUGAAGAAGAGGAUUACAAAGAACAGGUUCGACAAUUAAAGGAGGCAGUACCAUUUGCAGUGGUAGGGUCCACCACAGUGUUAGACGUUGGUGGUAAGAAAGUAAGAGGAAGACAAUAUCCCUGGGGUGUUAUUGAGGUGGAGAACCCUAGCCAUUGUGACUUCAUUAAACUUCGAUGCCUUUUAGGAACUCAUAUGCAGGACCUGACAGAGGUGACACAAGAUGUACAUUAUGAGAACUACCGGUCGGAGAGGUUAGCCAAGGGUGGUGGUUCACCUCUUGCUGCUCCCAAUGCCAACAAUAACUCUCAUUCUAGUACAAACUCACUGGGACCUAAAAAACAAUUUAAUUCCACAUCAAUUGCUGCACCAGAGAAGGACCGUAUGGCCAUAGAAUUAGAAGAAAAAGAGGCACAAAUCCGUAAGAUGCAAGAAAUGAUGGCGAGGAUGCAAGCCCAACUUCAGGACAAAAAAUAAUCUAUAAUUAAUAUUUAAAAAAGGCCAGUUGACAAGAUAAGCAAUUAGCAUAAUAAAAGCUUCUGAAAGGAAUGGCAAGUACUUACUCUGUGGGAGUUAAACUGUGUGAUUUGGCUUAGAAGAGGAUCUCAUCAGUAGCAGCAACACUAACAAGAAUCAGGAUUUGUUUUUCAUUUUGCUAUUAGACAGUGACUACAGUAAAUCAAUUGAUAUUUCCUGUGAUGAAGUCAAAUAUUAAUAUACUCCAGUAGAACCAAUUAAGACUUUAUUGUAGAGUAUACUGUGUUUGAUUUUGCACAAGUUUCUGUAUUAUAUCAAUAUAAAAUUUGUAGUACAGUAA